AGCUCUAAUAUAUAUGUUGUUUAAUUUAGCUCUCCUAAAUAUAAAAGAUUUUGAAAAAAAAAAUGUACAUGAAAUAUUUUUGGCGAUAAAAUAAAAAUGGGGUUAGUGAACAUUUAUGGCCCCAUUAUUAAAGUAACAUUAGAAAGAAAUGAGAUGAAAGAGAGAACCUUGGGGUAUGAUCAACACGACUCAUAUAUGAUGUAGUGGGUCUCUCUUUUUAUAUCUCUUGUCUUUUACAUUCUCCAUUGUAACUUCCUUCUCACUUGUCCUUGAAGUCGCACACACAAAUUCAAGGCCAGAUCCCCAAACAUAAUCUAUCCAUAUACAUUGUUCAGUCCAUCAUAUCAAUCAAUCAAUCAAUCACCUCAAACUCUAAGAUACAAUCAAAACAAGAGGAGAGAGAGAACGAGAGAAGAAAGAGUAAACAAACAUGUCAUCUUCAGCAUCGUUCCAACCGGACCACCACCACCACCACCACCUCUCACCAACCCCCGAGCAGCUCUGCUAUGUCCAGUGCAACUUUUGUGAAACCGUUCUUGCGGUGAGUGUUCCUUGCAGCAGUUUGUUCACAACUGUUACUGUUCGAUGUGGUCACUGCACCAAUCUUUUGUCUGUUAACAUGCGUGCCCAUCUUCUUCCUGCUGCUGCUGCCUCUGCGAAUCAGCUCCAUUUUGGCCAUAACUUCUUCUCUCAUCAAAACAUUAUGGAGGAGAUGAGGAACACCCCUUCCAACAUAUUGAUGAAUCAGUCAAUUCCAGAGUCUAUAGGUCCAGUUCGAGUUGAUGAGCUACUGAAGCCUCCUGUAGUGAAUAGGCCUCCAGAGAAGCGCCAGAGAGUUCCUUCUGCUUACAACAGAUUUAUCAAGGAGGAGAUCCAACGUAUCAAAGCAGGUAACCCAGAUAUAAGCCACAGGGAAGCCUUCAGUGCAGCUGCAAAGAAUUGGGCACAUUUUCCUCACAUCCACUUUGGUCUUAUGCCUGAUGAUCAGCCUCUAAAGAAACCAUCUGCCUGCCAACAGGAAGGAGAUGAUCUUCGACUGAAAGAUGGUUUUCUUAGUGCGGGCAAUGUGGGAGUUUCGCCAUACUAGGGAGAUGAUCUUCGAUUGAAAGAUGGUUUUCUUGGUACUACGCUUUCUUGCAUUGUUAUUUUCUUUACAAGACCGAUUGAUCAACUAGGGUUCUCGUUUAUAAUGUGUGUGAGUUUGAGUCAAUUCCUUUUUAUGACUAUUAUAUUUGGUUUAGGAUAUCAAAGAAUGGUUUAAGGUAUUAAAUCAUUCUUAAAAGCCUUUGACAUGGUGUAUCAUUACAUUUGGUUUGUAAUAUAAUUGUUUCUUUGUUGGCUUUUAGAUUAGUAUCUUAUUAUACAAUCCAUGACUUUUAAUGACUAUAAAAGUAUUAAGUAG